AGCCCGCUGUCCGAGAAUUGUGGCUCAGUGUGUUCACCAACCUCGGACUGUCACUAUAACGCGAUCGCUCCAAGUGUCCAAAAUAUUCGUUAUUCACUUUCGAUAAAUUCGGCACAGUGUUGGGUCCUCCAGGCAUCUGGAGAUUGCCCGAGCCAAAUCUUCACAAUUACCUCAUCGACGGUGGUUCUUUUUACAUUCACUCGUUUCAUCGUCGUAAUUCGUGAUUAAGUGUAAAUUGGAGAGAACAUGUUACUGGAGAAUCCUGUGCCUGGAUAUGUCGAUGACGCCUCAGGUGUCGUCUACGACGAUCGCCUAGAAAUGAACGAGAAUAACAACAACGUGACAAAUAGAAUCAACGGUGAUGGGGGUAUCAUGAGAACGGCUAUUCAAGAUUUCUACACUGGUCAGAACGUCUUUAUAACAGGGGGCACUGGAUUCCUCGGCAAGACACUGGUCGAAAAACUACUGAGAAGUUGUCCAGAUGUAUCAACAAUUUACCUCCUGGUGAGGCCCAAGAAGGCACAUAAUGUUGUUGAUCGAGUUGAUGAUUUAUUCAACGAACCGAUAUUCGAGCACCUGAAGACAAAUUCUCCCAAAUUUCGGCACAAAGUUGUGGCUGUAGCCGGAGACUGUGAGUCACCAAAUCUCGGAUUAUCAGAGAGCAAUCGAGAUUUAUUGAUUCAAGAGGUAUCAAUCGUCUUUCACAGUGCAGCAACAGUACGUUUCGACGAGAAACUACGUGUUUCAACAGCGAUAAAUGUUGGCGGUACCUUGGCAGUGCUAAAUUUAUGCAAAGAAAUGAAGAAGCUCAAGGCAAUGAUUCAUGUCUCGACUGCUUACUCAAAUUGUCAUCUGGACACAAUCGAAGAAUCCUUUUACUCUCAUCCCAUGCAGUAUGAGGACCUCAAAAUAGUGGUCAACACACUCUCAGAUGAUGCAGUCGACGACGUAUUACCGAGAAUCCUUCAGAAUUGGCCCAACACUUACACCUACACCAAGGCACUGGCUGAACAGGUGGUACAACAGAGAAGCAAGGAUUUGCCAGUCGGAAUAUUCAGGCCUGGCAUCAUAAUUUCGUGCGCUGAGGAACCUCUCCCUGGAUGGAUCGAUAAUUAUUAUGGACCCACUGGAGGUGUUGCAGCAGCACAAUUGGGUAUUCUAAAGAGUGUCCACUAUAAACCCGACAUUGAAGCCAAUGUUGUACCAGUAGAUUACACCGUCAACGGGUUGAUAGCUUCUGCAUGGGACGUGGCAACUCACUCUGACAGAAGAAACGAGAAAACACUGAUCUACAAUUAUGUAUCAACUGUGGAUGCCCCACUGCUAUGGGGAGACUACUACGACUAUUGUCUAGCAGGUGCUCGUGAAUUUCCCAUUCUGCAGGCAAAAUGGUACCUCACAUUCUCCCCAAAAGCAUCUUCCCUGUCUCACUCCCUAUCAGUUCUCUUUCUUCACCUAGUCCCUGCCAUUAUACUCGACUUCUUCCUCAUCUGCACCGGAAAUAAACCACGAACAUAUAAAAUGGUGACCAAGAUCUUCAAGUACCUGAGCGUUGUUCAGGAAUUUACUAUGAGGAAUUGGUCUUACAAAACUAACAACGUUCAACAGUUGUGGAAGCGUUUGGACGCCAAGGAUAAGCAAAAUUUCAAGUUUAAUCUUGAGAAUUUUGAUUGGCGGAAUUACUUCCGAAAUUAUCUGAUGGGGGUUAAGAUUUAUUUGUUCAAGGAGGAUCUAACCACACUCGAGGCUAGCAGGAAGAGGACACAGAGACUCCUCUGGUUGCAUCAAGGAACGAAAACAUUCUUCGGAUUGAUUAUGAUGUGGAUGGUGUGGAAGCUGUUCACUCCAUUAAUCUGAAUGAAAUUUUUUUCCCAAAUUGUGCCCGAAAAAAAUAAGGUUGGAUCUUGCUUUUUGUAAAUAUUAGACCAGAGGAAUAUUUUUAACGCGUUUUUGUUAUUUAUAUGUUACCAUCGACCAUCCAUGUAAUCUUGUUAUUACCCUAAUCAUCAGUACUACUAUGGUAUCCAAUAAUUUUCUAUGUAUAGUUUUUAUGCGAAAUCAAUGUGUUUUUUAUUUUAAUGCUUUAUGUAUCAAAUUAAAUAAAACAAGUUAUCAAUUUAA